AUGCAGUUUAUACGGAAAUAUAUCCAUGUUGCGAAGUUGAUAAAGCCUGCUCUGACACAUGAGGCUGCAGAUUUCAUCUCUCAUGAAUAUGCAAAAAUCAGAAGUCAUGAUGAAAUGAAUAAUGACCGUGCGAGGACUAUGCCUGUUACUGCUAGAGCACUUGAAACCAUGAUCAGACUGGCCACUGCUCAUGCUAAAGUUAGAAUGAGCAAAACCAUUGAUCUCCAGGAUGCUGAAAUGGCUCUUGAGCUUGUCCAGUUUGCUUAUUUUAAGAAGAUCUUGCCAAAGGAGAAGAGAAAUGUUGAGAAGGAUAUUGACUUAAGCCAAGAAGCAUCAAGUCAGGAGGGCAUAAAGCCAAGUCAGGAGGGCAUAAGGAAAAGCUCUAGGCGUGCAGGAAAGACUUCAGAUUCU